AUGACGACCCCAAUGGAGGAACUUAUGAAGAAACUCGAAGAUUUCAUGCUCCAACAAACCCAAAGCACGAGUGAAUUAAAGGCAGCGGUGGAAGCCUUGCAAGCCAAGCAAGCGACACUGGAGGAAGGCUUAUCUACACGAAGCCAUAACAAACCCAAUAACAAAGGGGGCUCGGAAGCUAGUGUGGAGGAAGAGAUAGGGUUGGAGUCAUUCGAUGACCCAGCAGAGCAAAGUCAAGGAAGAGGCAAAGGGACAGGAUUCGGCUUCGGCAGUGCUCCAGACGGUAAGGGACCGACAGCCACCACAGUGGUGGGCCGGGGGAAAGGUCCUGCUGGGGGACAACCAGUCGGAUCAGGUCGGUUCAUCAGGAAGACUAAUGAUUCUUGGCGUACCGAACAACCACAACCGUUCAAGCAUAGUUAG